CUUCUCGAACUAUUAUGGAGGAAACGGAGCUGACACCGGUGGACAUUGAUCCAGACUUUGAGCCCCAAGCGAGACCCAGGUCAUGCACGUGGCCUCUUCCCAGACCCGAUCUCUCAGCCGUCAAGCCAUCGGCCGCCAGCGAUGAAAACAAAGCAGAUAUUUCUGAUGCUCCUUCCUUACUGUCCCCAGAAGGGGAGGAGAGGAUGUUAUCCGAUGGGCUGAUGGGCAGCAGUGGAAUUACCCCCAGGAAAGGGGGGUCCAGGAGGAACGCAUGGGGCAACCAGUCCUAUGCAGAACUCAUCAGUCAGGCCAUAGAAAGCUCUCCCGAUAAACGACUGACCCUCUCCCAGAUCUAUGAGUGGAUGGUGACGUCCAUUCCUUACUUCAAAGACAAGGGUGACAGCAACAGCUCUGCUGGUUGGAAGAAUUCAAUCCGCCAUAACCUGUCCCUGCACAGCAAGUUUAUCAAAGUUCACAAUGAGGCCACUGGUAAGAGCUCUUGGUGGAUGCUGAAUCCGGAAGGGGGAAAGAGUGGCAAAGCUCCGCGUCGGAGGGCAGCAUCCAUGGAUAACAGCAGCAAACUGGCAAAAGCACGGAGCAAGGUAUCAAAGAAGAAGACAGCUGGCCCUGGUGACCCUCCUGCUGGUAGCCCUAGUUCACAGACCCCAAAAUGGCCUGGUAGCCCUUCAUCACGAAGUGCUGAUGAUCCUGAUGUAUGGACUACAUUCAGACCCCGUACAGGUUCCAAUGCGAGCAAUCUCAGUCUCCGGUUGUCACCAAUCUUGCCGGAGCAGGAUGAUGUGGUUGAGGAAGAUCUCCACUCCUCUCUUGCUUUUUCAAAAAGUGUCCCCCCAACUGUCACAGAAGAGCUGGAGCUUAUCGAUGGUCUCACUAUGCUUACAUCAGGAGCACCACUCCCACCACCACAGUCACUGCUUCAAAGUAGUUCCAGUUUUCCUCUUCACCCACCACAAGCACUCUCCUUUGGUAACUCCUUGUUCAGUCCCAUUGAUGUUUCUUCUGUGCGAGGGCCAACUGGAAACUUUCAGCGGCCUCAGACUCUGGAAGCACUCCUUACUUCUGACUCUCCCCCACCAAGCAAUGUGAUGAUGACACAGGUUGACCCCGUGCUGACCCAAAGCGGAGGACAGAAUUUACUUAUGCUGGGUGGGCAAAACAAGGGUAGAAACCCAGAUCAACCCUCUGUGGUGCCCCUCAGUUCUUUAGUAUCACCCGCCACGAUUUCAGUACUAGGACCUCCUCCAGUGUCAUCCAUGCCAUCUCCUAAGCCUUCCCCUUUUGGUGUGUCUUCUGAACGGCUUCCAAUAGACCUGGAUAUCGACAUGUUUCAUGAGAAUUUUGAGUGUGAUGUGGAAUACAUCAUCAGUAAUGACUUGAUGGAUGAGGGCAUCCUUGACUUCAACUUUGAUCCCUCACACCCAGGAACUAACCAGGGAAACAGCCACAGUUGGGUGCCCAGCUAAAUACAGUUUCUCGAGCAACCCAACAAAUUUUGAAGGUGGAUUUUCCGGUCCUUUAGGAGAGUGAUGACUGUGUGGACACAAACGCUCUGCUCCAUGCACUGCUCCGCCUGAAGAUGCACAUCACCGCUCUACAUUCAAAAACAAAUGCUUUGCUUCCAUAUAGUGCAGCAAUCAGUUUUUACCUCUACUGCAGCGUCCCCUGUCCUUGACGUACUAUUACGAAGGGGGCGUUAUUAAUUCCCUGCCAAUUAGCGAGGUCUGUUGAAAAUCUUGCAUAUCCUGGUGUAGUAACUGGUGAGCUGAUUCAUAUUUUCAAAAAGAA